UUAAAAAAAAAAACAACGUUAAGAUCUCCUACGAUAUGAUUAUUCUACUGGAUUUUUAAAUAGACCACGUAGUUUUUCCAGAAUGUUUGUCGGAAAUUGGGCGCACGAUAAACACAACAAAGAAAACAAAACUACAGUGAUACAAACGGGCUUUCGUAUGUAAGACUUCCUGGUCUUAAGAAUGACUGUUUUGGUUUGGUUUGUUUUAUGUUGGUCCCUUUGUAACGGACGGUGGUCAAUAUAUGUGUCCCCAUCCUCCAUCAUGGGUGAAAAGAAUGUCACCUUCCAGUGCAGUAUGUACGAUUUUUCCAGUAUACGGGAUGAUGUUGAAGAACAUAUUAACAUUAAAAUUCGUCAAAACAAAAGCACAGAAUGGGAAGAUAUCGUAAUAGCAAAUAAAACGGGAUCUUAUUGGGCAAGCACGGACACGAAAAAAUAUGGAUACUCGAUUUAUUUUCAAAGAUGUACGGUGGGAUCCUCAUGGUAUUUUUACGUUCGCUGCCAUCUUGUUGUUUCGAUUACACUGGAUAGAUGCACACCUGAUCCAGAUCUUUACAGUGUUUUCCGAUGCCAAAUCUCCAAAAGCACUUUUACUUCCGUAAGUCCGGAGAGAAAUAUAUUGUUCACAAAAGGUCAACCACCCACUCACAUGCAUGUCCCGGCAAUUCUUCGUGGACAAACUAAAUCACAGAACAGAAAUGGGGAAGCAUUUAGUGUUGGAGAUGUUAUACAAAUACAAUGUAUUGGGGAAAUUGAAAGCAUAAAUGCCUUACCAAGUCAGGAUAUACGAUGGUGCAAGAAAGACUCGGGGAAAUUCAAACCGAUGUCAUUACAAGAUCAACCCCUUACUUCUUUGGUAUCAAGGAGCGAAGACGGUUGUGUGCUCACACAAGAAUCGAAAAUAUUUUAUCACAUUGAGCGCAAUGAUACAGACCUGGAAAUCAUGUGCGAGUCUGGUUACAAGACCUACAGGAAAGAGUGUGGGAUAGAAGGUGCAAAUGCAACGCUUUAUAUAAACACAGACAUGGCUACUGGAGCAAACAAGUGGAAAGAUCCCUCCCUUUUCUUAUACGGCGACGACGGUUCUAUCGAUCCACAGAAUAUUAACAUAUAUGAAACGGGACGAACAAUUCAUCUCUUGUGCAUGGCGUCCAUGUUGGAAUCCGAACAAAGAGAGACGAUCAACUGGUGUGUGAAAAAGCAAGAGAGUGCUAAUUGGACCAAAAUUGCUGUCCAGGAAGAUGAAAUAAAAGCAAUUGCAAAUGAAACGAGUGAAAUGAUUAAAUUCAGCAGAAUAACAUAUCACGUGACGGUGUACGACAAUGUCGUCCACUUCCUAUGUGAACUUUCUACUUCAUCCAUCUGUGGUUCCGGUUCAAGAUUUAAGAGUGUGUUGGCUCAUAUGAAUGGAGACCAAGUUUCUCAGCAGGCGACAUUGGCUGAUGAAGUCAGUUGCAGCACUUCCGGUGUUGCUGUUCUGUCGGUGUUGCUGUGUAUCAUUAUGAUUGUGGUUGUUGUUCUUGUGAUAACAACAUGCAGAAGAGGACAACUGAUACUGUUUGGAUUUGUGUUCAAAAUAGAAAGACACCACGCAGAAUUGGCAAAGGACGUCAACAAAAUUCCCAGUCUUACAACCAGUUGUUCAAUACCCAAAGGAAAACGACCAUAUGAACUGAACGUUCGUAAAAAAUUAGAACCAGAAAGAAAAGUUACAAAUGCAGAAAAAACAUCUACAACUGAUAAGCAUGAUAGUGUUUACGAAAACGAAGUUUUGAAAAAUGAAAUAAAAGAAGAAAAUGCGACAAAGAGACCUGAUUCCGAAUUACAGCAAUACGAAGACUUAAGAGUCACGGAGGAACAACAAGAAUAUGAAGAUUUGAACUGUGCAAACGCAUAAUAGUUGUUGUAUAGGAUAAUUGAGAUUGAUCACUGUUCGUUAUCUUCACUCAUCUUAUUCUACUUGUGCAUAAUUAUUUCAUGCUUCCAUUGUUUUUACAUAAUCAAGUACACACUUAUACCAUAUAUUUAGAUGUUUUGAGAAUAUUACGUUCAAAACUUCUUAUACGCAAAUUGUGCUCAAUAUUACAAUUUUAUUCUUUUGAAUCAUCUUCUUGUGGCAAUCUAAACUCAUCAAAAUCACUCUGUUAAGAAUUAGAACAUUUCUUUUCGAAUGUUUGGAAUUUUCCUCCACAUGGAUUUAUAAGAAAGAGGUCAUUGCAAAGAAAUACGAAGAUAAAUGUUUAAAAAUACCAAUCUUCAACCCUUAACAGCUUUGAAAUUGUAUUUCUCUUUUUUCAAGAGGAAGAAGGGUGUAAAUGGGCAAGACAUUUGCUGAUGACAAACUAAUGCAUUAGUAAGGUUACAUAUGUACACCCGGAACUAAAAAAAUAUUAUAACUUGUAGUGCAGGGUGCAUCAAGCAUAUAAUAAAAGACAUAAAUAAUGGGUUUGAUAUUGAUUGAUUUUUCUUUUCAUUUUGGAUUGAAUCACGACACUAAUUUUUGGCAGAGACAUAUAACACCUAUAUAUCUAUGGUAAUUCUAUAAUCACUGCAGGAUUCACUAUUGUUUCCCAAUUAUACAGGAUAUGAGAAAAAUACUCGUCUGCUCGCGUCUGGGGCUAGUCAAAAUUUGCAUUGGAUGAGUAACUCUUCCACGGUUUUACUUUUAUUUAAAAAUAUUUGAAAAUCAUUUUAACAGUGUUCCAAUAUUGAAAACUAUUUUUCCUGUGACAUGUGCAUAUAUUACUGAUAUAAAGGCCUAGAAUACCCACCUCAGUCAAUAUGUCUACAUCCCCGGAUCAACCAUGUUAUUAAUAUAAAGGCCUAGAAUUACCAACCUCAGUCAAUAUGUCUAAAUCCCCGGAUCAAUCAUGAAUCUUUUUACAAGAAUGGUGUUAAUUAUAAACGUUUGGCUUAUCAAUGUUGUCAAGAAAAUAUUUUUUUUAGAAAAAUGUUACUCACGUGAACCCGCUACCAUUUACUUGCGAAGAAAUCUUAAAAUUCCAUAGAAUUAUCGGUCAAAUUUAUAUGGUAACUACAUGUAUAUCAAUAAGAGAAAGUGAACCAAUUGAUUGAUUGAUUGAUUGAAUAUUGUUUAAUGUCCCUCUUGAAAAUAUUUCACUCAAAUGGGCACUUAUGGCCUUUGAGCAGGGAGGGAUUUUUAUCGUGCCACACCUGCUGUGACACGGGACCUCGGAUUUUACGGUCUCAUCGGAAGGAACGCCCCAUUUAGUCACCUUCUACAACAAGCAAGGGGUACUGAGGACCUAUUCUAACCCGGAUCCUCACGGGAAAUUGAGUUUGUAAAUCAAAUACAAAACAAAAUCCAAGCUUUACUAAUUUGAGUAUACGAGUUUAGUUAUUAACAUAUUAUUAGCUACAAGUUCCUGUUUACAAUGUACAUUUGUAUCUAUCUUUAGCUAAAACACUAGAAAUAAUACUUCUUUUGCGUGUGAUUGUGUUCAACUAUCUUGUACACAGGGAAAAGUGGCUCGCAUGAAAUUCAUAUGAAAUUCGCAUGAAUAUCAUGCGAAUUCUUCGCAUGAAAAGGAGACGAAAAGGACCACGUAUGAUAUUCGCAUGAAAAAAUCAUGUGAUUUUCAUGUGAAAUUCGCAUGAUUAUCAUAUGAAAAAUAAUUCGCACGAUAUUCAUGCGAAUAUUAUUGUUACCUACUAUUAAGGUUUUUCGCACGAUAUUCAUGCGAAUAUUAUGCGAAUAUCAUUAUAUUUUCAUAUGAAAUCCAUGUAAUGUAUACAUUUCAAUGCUAGUACUUGAAUUGGACUUUGAAUUUUUAUAAAAACUUAAUGAAAAGUUUCAUAAAAUUCUGUGUUGCUCAGCAAUUUGUUCCUCACAGAUAUAUACAGUUUUGUCUAUAAUUAAAUUUACAACUGAUCAUCAAGGUUUCACUGUUAAUGAUAUUCAUACAGAGAUAUAAUAAGUACAAUCUCAAAAUCAUGCAGCAAAUGAAUUACAUCUAAAUUCAUUAUUUAAAACUCCUUAAUUUGAACCCGGAUUUUGAGGAAGUACCAUUAUAAGUAUGAUUAUCCAGGUAUUUUUUUGAUUAAUAAACAACUGGACACUU